AUGGACAUGAGAAGCAACAACCACCAGCAACAGCAACAACAAGUACUUGAUGGGUCGGACAUAGUUGAGCUGGUCGAAAACGAGAAAGUGUUCGACAAAUUUGUGGAACAGAAGUUUCAACUGUUAGACCAAGACGAAGAUGGUAAUCUCUCCGUGACUGAGUUACAACCCGCCGUUGCUGAUAUCGGCGCCGCUCUUGGUUUGCCUGCUCAAGGCACUUCCCCUGAUUCCGAUCACAUCUAUUCCGAGGUCUUGAACGAAUUCACUCAUGGAAGUGAAGGGAAAGUGAGCAAGACAGAGUUCAAAGAAGUGUUGUCGGAUAUUUUGUUGGGUAUGGCUGCUGGUCUGAAACGCGAUCCCAUCGUUAUCCUCAGGAUGGACGGUGAGGAUCUCUCGGAGUUUAUACAGAGCCCUGGAUACGAAGCUGAGAUGGUAUCCGUCUACUUCUCGGAGCUCUCCAGUUGCGAGGAAGCCUUGCUCCGUGAUUGUAUCGUCAAAGCUCUCCAGUCUCUUUCUGUUGAUCAUGGGAUGCCUCCUUCCAACGAUCCAUGGGUAAUGAGCAACAUCGUAGAGCCAAUUGUUGACUCUUGUCUUGAUGAAGAAGGUAAGCGUGAGAAGAGCGCAUCUCAGGAGAGAUUCUUGGAAGCAUUCAAGAGAGUGGUGGAGAGAGUGGCUCAACAUCUCAAUGAACAGCCCGUGAUCGUUGCUCACAGCGAAAACACCUUCGAUGGGAGCGGCAUCAGGAGGCUCUUGUCCAAUAAAUUUGAAUUCGAUAAGGCAUUGAACGUUGCGAUGGAGACAAUUCCAAAAGACCGUCACGGUAAGGUGUCUAAAGAGUAUAUAAGAGCUGUGCUCGACACUGUUGCACCAUCUGCGACUUUACCACCAAUAGGGGCAGUAUCUCAGAUGGAUAGUAUGAUAAUGGAAGCGUUGAAGAUGGUGAAUGGAGAUGAUGGAAAGAUGGUGAAGGAAGAAGAGUUUAAGAAAAUAAUGGCGGAGAUAUUGGGAAGUAUAAUGUUGCAGCUUGAGGGUAGUCCGAUCUCGGUUUCCUCCAACUCGGUGGUUCACGAGCCUCUCACCUCCGCCACCUUUCUGCCUCCGCCUCCGUCUCAAGCAGAUGAGCCUUCUACUUAA